AUGUCGAUCACAUCAACAGAACUCGACGGAAUCCUGCCACUGCUGGCCAAAGGAAAAGUCCGUGACAUCUACUCGGUGGACGCUGAGACGCUUCUGUUCGUGGCUACCGAUCGUAUCUCUGCGUACGAUGUGAUCAUGGAAAAUGGAGUCACCGACAAGGGAAAGCUGCUUACACAGUUGUCUGUGUUCUGGUUUAAGUUCCUUGCUCCUUUUGUCAAGACCCAUAUUGUUGCUAGUGAUGAUGCCGAUGUGUUUGCGAGAUUGCCCUCUGCUCUUAGUGCAGAGCCAUACCGCUCGCAGCUUGCCGGCCGCUCUCUGAUUGUGCAAAAAUAUCAGCUGAUCCCUCUUGAGGUGAUCGUGCGUGGAUAUAUCACCGGAUCUGCUUGGAAAGAGUACGUUGCUCAUGGAACUGUUCAUGGAUUGGCAAUGCCUGCUGGACUCCUGGAGAGCUCUGCUUUCCCGGAACCAAUUUUCACGCCCUCAACUAAAGCAGAUCUAGGUGCCCACGACGAGAACAUUUCUCCUGAGGCUGCCGCUGAACUUGUGGGUAAGGAUAUUUGUGACCGUGUUGCUGCCAAGGCAAUUGAGCUCUACUCCAAGGCACGUGCCUAUGCUGAGACCAAGGGAAUCGUCAUUGCAGACACCAAGUUCGAGUUCGGUGUGACUCCUACUGGAGAGCUCGUGCUAGUGGAUGAGGUUUUGACUCCAGACAGCUCGCGGUUCUGGAGCAAAGCCACAUAUGCGGUUGGUCGGGGUCAGGACUCGUACGACAAACAGUUUCUUCGUGACUGGCUGACUGCUAACAAGUUGAAUGGAAAAGAAGGUGUCGCCAUGACUGCAGAGAUCGAGAAGAGAACGGCGGAAAAGUACAUCGAGGCGUAUGAGGCUUUGACAGGUGAGAAGUGGUGA